UAUUAUAACCCAUCACACACAACUACUCCCACAAGCUAUUAUAACCCCUCACACACAACUACUCCCACAAGCUAUUAUAACCCAUCACACACAAAUACACCCACAAAACCUUUGUUCCAUACCCUUAACCUGUCAAACACAUCACACACACCUAGUUCCCCUGACUCAACUAAUGCAUCCCCCAUAACACCCCCUAACGUUGAUAACGCAUCACAUACAACUAUAUCCUCUCUCUCUUCAAAUGCCUUAUACACAACUACGCAGCAUCAGUCCUCAUCCACGUCACUGACGAUCUGUAGACCACUGAUCAUGACACAGACACACAACAAUAAACCACCUGACCCAUCAAACAGAUCAACCACUAACACACAGAAUAACAGCACAUUUAUAAAUACACAUAUUGAACAAACCGCUGCCCUUCACACCAGCUCUCAUAACAGAUUUGUUGUUGAUCCAAUAAUGCAUGCAAAUGUAUAUGCCAAAGUAUUGUCUCUGUCUAAMAAAAGUAGACACUGUACUCCUGUCAUCGUAUCACAGACACAUCAGGAAAGACACUCUGGAAUAUUCAAUGCAUCACAGGUCACUAACCUUCCAAAACACAUCACUGAAAUACAGAUAAACAAAGAAUGGGAACAGCAGGGACACAUUGUCACACAACAUCAGGGAGACCUUUUCACAAACCUAAAACCYGGAUCUGAGUGUCACAAAGAGCACAUUCCCUCCAGCGUGUUACAUACACAUGCAAAUACCACAUUUAGAUUCAGCCUUGACAGGCAGAUAUACACAAAUUAUGCUCCACCUUCCAGCACACCACAGACACAAACAGAUCCUAAGCCCCUCAUUGCAUCACAGACAAACACUACUGCACAUGUCAAACCCAUCACCGAAACACCAACCCACAUAAACACAGACUUCCGUUCCACACCAACCCCACACAAACGCACAAGCCCCACACACCGACUCAUACCACAGGCCCGUCCAUACACAAUCACUGAGCUCCUCACACACAAAGCCAUAAACCCCAAGUACAACCCCCUUUUGCCACCAUCACGCAUGGCACACCUAGCAUCCUACACCCCCACCCAUCCCAAUCAGACACACCAGAUGAUUCAUCCAGUAUUUUUGUUGUCAAGUACCAUCCCACAACCCUCCCGAGACGACCCUAGGCUGGCUCACUCCCACCCGGCUGAUACAGACCUGCUGCUGCUGCCCCCCUCCCCACAGUGCAGCAGGCCAGCCCCUCUCCAGAGGAGGCUGCAGUGUGUGGAGGCCAGCCUGGCAGCCAACCAGGACAGGAUCACUACACUUCUCAACAUUAUCCAAGACCUUGAGAUGAGCCAUGCUCUCAACAAGGGUCUGCGAUGCUACAGGACAGGCCAGGACGUCCGGGAGUGCUCCACCUGUCAGAAGACUGCUUGUAUCGUAUAUAGUGUGGAGUAUGACUUCAGGCAGCAAGAGAGACGUUUCUUGGAGGUUUUGUAUCCUCAGAGGGCUGACAACAACACUCCUCCCUCCCUGCCCCACAACAGCACCCUGCUGACGAACGCCAUCACUAAGACCAUGACCAAGUCCAAGGUUAAAAGCAAAAAGUUGUGCAAGAUGCUUUUCCAAUGGCUGCCUAGGAAAAUUCAGCGAACAAAGUCCUCCUUUCACCAACUCUCUCCAGAUCAUUUGAAUUCCYAGCAUGUUAUUCAUGAGGUAUUGAGGUAUCCCUGUAAUAUAAGAUCUGAUGGUGUGUUCAAGACAACUGUGAACUCUGAAAAAUACAAUGUCAAAUCAAGACGUCAGUGAUCUUCAGGUCGGAAAGUCAGAGCUCUUGAAAGAGGCUGAGUUCCUGAGUCGGAAUUCUGAGUUAGACGAACGUUCCAAACGAUUUUUCCCUGUUGGAGCAAGUUUUUCUGAGAGUUCCCAGUUGUCUUGAGCAUACUGAAGUCGGAAGUCAGAGAUUUCCAAGUUCCCAGUUAAUUUGAACUCGGCAUGAUGUCCCUAUCACAGCAAGUAGCACUUGUCAUUGUAGAAGACACCUACAUCCCUUCCUGUCCAUAUGAUGGGUGUUCUGAAAUCUGAUUUGCUCCUUAAUGGCUGGUUGAUACCCUAUUGUCCAAUCAAGACAUAGCAUGAACAGGAAUUGCCCUUAGUAACUACAGACCUUUGCCCAGUCUAGCAACAGUCUAUCAUAUGGAGAAAACUUCAUCCCUCAGGUUAAAAUCAUGAACUUUCAUCCAAAGCACAUGCACUAGUUGUUGAACUAGAUACGACAUCCAAAAGUUUGCUAGAUUGCAAUCACUAUUUUCAGAGCCUAUUGUAGAUGAUAGUCCAUAUUCUAUAGUAUUUUAUUGUAGCUAAGCAUCAAAUUAAGUGUUGCAGUCCUCUUACAGAUUCCCCUACCAGCUUAUCCCAGGGUCAAUGUAUAUACAUCAUAUUUUUUAGAAAUAAACCAAAGCCCACAGUACAUACUGUAAACAUUUUCU